AGUCCUCAUUUAAAUAAUAGUAAUUUAUAACAACAUUUUAAUAUUACUUACGUAACCCACUAAAUAUAUAACAAGCUUAACGUUUUUAAGGGUGUUUUAAUGAGAAAAACAUGGCACUGAUACAUCGUGCAAAAUGUAAAAAAAGAAAUAGGGGAAUCCACCGACAAAUGGUGCACGUUCUGUCCGUUCUCAGCAGAGAGCGCCCGUGGAUUGUUGACAGCUUGUUUAGUAUCUCGUCAGCUCAGCUGGCUGAAAUGUCACAUGACUCCCACAUCACGUUCGUGGAUCUCUACUAAAGAAAUGAGCGUUUACCCAAAUGGAAGAUUUAACGACGGUCCCGAUGUGUUUGAGUGCGUGAACAAUAGAGCGCAAGCAUGCCUACGCUGCUGCAGAAACUCUUCAGCAAACGAGUCGGCAACGGGAGCUCCCGGGACUGCUCGACGGGAGCGGAGCAGCGUUGGGCGUCUGCUGAGUUUGAUCUAGCUCAGAUCAGGUUGAUCGUAUAUCAGGACUGUGAGAGAAGAGGGCGGCAGGUUCUCUUCGACUCCAAAGCAAUACAUAAACUGGACGCAUCGGAGCCGACUACUGAUGAGACUAAAUCUCCACCCACUCGGAGCGGAGCUUGCCAAAUCAACAGCCAAGCAAGCGAGAAGGACAAACCUCCCACAUAUCAGUAUACCAGACCAGCUUCAGAUGUGAACAUGCUCGGGGAGAUGAUGUUCGGCUCAGUUUCUAUGAGCUAUAAGGGUUCGACACUUAAAAUUCACCACAUUCGGUCUCCCCCUCAGCUGAUGGUCAGUAAGGUUUUCUCCACACGGUUUGGAAGCAGCGUCUCUGGAAGUACAAAUACGCUGCAAGACAGUUUUGAGUCCAUGAGCCAAACUCUUCCAAGUCACACCAGCAGCAUAGGAGUUGGUCGUGCAGCUAGUUACCCUCUCCUCUGCCUGGUUCGAAGUGCGUCUUUUUUUGCAGCCCACAGUAACCCAGUGGACAUGCCAAGCAGAGGACAAAGUGAGGAUGGAGACAGUGGCAUUGCUCGCUCAGCAUCUCUAAGCAGCCUAUUGGCCACACCCCUACCCUCACCUGGCUCCUCCUUCAGCAGCGGCUGUGCCAGCAGUUACCAACGACGAUGGCUCCGUAGCCAGGCCACCAGCCUCCAACAUGGUCCCAUGCCUCGCUGGAGCACUGAGGAAAUGUUCAACCUAUCUGAUGAGAGCUGCAGUUCCAACCCUGCGAUGAUCCGGAGGAAGAAGAUUGCCAUCAGCAUCAUCAUCAGCCUCCCGGAGAGAGAAGAGGAAAACCACAAUUUUCAGGAGUUUUUCUUCUCCCACUUUCCUCUUUUUGAGUCUCAUAUGAACAAGCUCAAGACUGCCAUCGAAAGGGCCAUGAUCUUGUGCAGAAGAAUCGCUGAGUCCAGCCAUCGCGUGCAGGUUUAUCUAUGUCGAGUGAUGGAGGCACUGGGUGAAUUCAGGAUGACAGUGUGGAAUCUUUACAUGGCUCCGCGAAUCACUGAGCCAGUCUGGCUAUCCAUGAUUUCUCAGAGUGCCGAGCGAAACCUUUUGUGUCAGCGCUUCCUGAAAGAGAUGAGUUUGCUGAUGGAACACGGAGCCAAAAACCAGUUUCUCUCUGCACUCCUUACUGCGGUUCUUAUGCAUCACUUAGCCUGGGUUCCCACGGUAAUGCCCAGUAGCCUCCCUUCAAUCAAACCCGACUGCCAGAAACCUGCCUCCCAGACAGUGGAUCUGUUGGCAAAAUCUCACCCAUACAACUCGCUAUGGGCUCAAUUAUGUGACCUGUAUGGUGCUUUAGGCUCUCCAGUUAGAGUGUGCCGGACGGUGGUCGUGGGACGCAAGAGGGAGCUGGUACAGCGAGUCUUGUCUGUUCUCUCGUACUUCAUUCGUUGCUCAGAUCUGCAGGAGCAUACGCAACCCCCAGGACAAACAGACAAUCCAGCCAAUCCCUGUUUCUCGCAAAGCAUCAAUCCCAUCCCUGCAACUGAAAGGAGAGAUGAAGACACAUGUUCCCCUAAACCAGACACAUCAAAGCCCACCCUCUGUAUGUCGACCAAUGAUAAUGCCCUGAGCUCUGAUUUGGCUCAUUUACUUCCAGGCAUCCUUUCAGAACAACAUGAUGAGAAAGCCCCUUUCCAAGAUACAAAAUCCAUAAAUCCAUCCCCCUGUCUGGAAUCGAUGGGUGUUAGGACUGAAUGUACAGAAAUGGGGCAGGAAUAUUUUGGAGAAGACAGUGACUCUGUUGGAUUAGAGCACAUUUUAGCCAAUCAGAGUCCUCUUCUGCACAGGGUGCGGUUUCACAUAGGCAGUCCCAGAGAAGCAGAGAAUGAUGUACAACCUGGGGCAUUAACUGGGGUGGGGUUUGGGCGGGGAUUAGACAGGAAGCUGCAUCGAAGGCUUUUGACUGAUAUACGGAGGAACGAAAGUUCGGACAGUGCUUUAGGCGACAGUGAUGAGGAGGAAGCAAUGCCACGACAACUGCACAUGGUUACAGAACAACAGGAAUAUGAGCUACCACUGCCAAGUUGUCAGGUAGAGAGUCAAGCCAAUGUUAAUCAUUUCGGGCGGUCUUUGCUGGGGGGCUACUGUCCUCAAUACAUGCCCGACUUUGUUUUGCACGGCAUCAACUCUGAUGUCAGACUCAAGCAGUGCCUCAUGGCUGACCUGGAACAUACUGUUCUCCAUUCAGCCUUGGAUGAACCUGUAGCAGAGGCUCUGUGCAUUGUGGCAGAUACAGACCGGCUGAGCGUGCAGGUUGCAACAAGUCAAAGACGCGUGUGUGAGGGUGGGCGGCUAGGCAGAGAUGUGAUGGUGUCUAACCUCAUACACACACUCAUUACAUCAGUCCUGCAGCUGUACGCGCUAAACAUCGCAGCCGAUUUUUGUGUGAUGCAUCUGGAGGACCGGUUACAAGAGGUGUAUUUUAAGAGUCGAUCCUUAGCAGAAUAUUUGAGAGGGCAAACCAGGGUCCACGUUAAAGAGUUGGGACUGGCACUGGGGAUUGAAUCCAGUGAUAUUCCAUUGCUUGCAGCAGUGGCCAGCACUCACUCACCAUAUGUGGCCCAGAUUCUUCUCUGAAUGGACCAAGCCAGAUUAAUUACAUUUAAAGGACCAAUCAGAAUGUGUUCAUGUUCUGCAUGUACCAGCAAGGAUUUGGACUGCGUUUCCCAAAAGCAUUGUAAGCCUACAUUGAUCGUAGCUCCAUUGGUGACAAUGGUUCUAAGAUCAACGUAAUGCUACGAUGCUUUUGGGAAACGCAGCCCUGAUCAUUGUACGAUUAACACACCAAUCAUAAUGCACUGUGCUCGACAACCAAUAAGAGCUCAUGCCCAGCCUUUACUAUACCAAUCAGAAUGCCUCUUGUUUGCCUAGCUGACAGUAUUAUGUGUGUGUAUGUCGAUGUCUGCAACAGAAUAACAGAUGUGUAAAUAAGGUCAUCGUAUAAACUGAAUGGUAUAUUAUAUUGGGAUGAUUGUUAAUGCUUAUGUCUUUCAAAGUCUUAUAUGAAAGAUUGAGACUAAGGUUCUGAAAGAAGCAACUUUUAUAUUAGCACCCGUAUUUUUGAUGUUUCCAAAGAGGUAUAUCUGUGUUUUCUUUUCAAGUUGAGGGCUAAAUCAAAUGCAUUGCCUCCUUCAGAAACAAUAAUAAGUUUACACCAGAAGCAGCAUAUGUUUUUUCAAAGAAAUUUGAUUACAAAUGUUUUUUUAAUCUAUUAUUCUCAUCUAAAUCGGAGCAUUUAAUUUAAUCUUAAAUUAUAUUAAUGUCCAUCAUAUUCACCAAGAGUGCCUCUCCCAGGUUGAUGACCAGAUUUGUAUGUGCUUUAGUCUAAGAAAGAUGAGGGAAUGUUUACAUAGUGGAGGACUGGGUGUGAUUUUGAAAUGUUACUGUUAUUUAAUUACGUCCACAGACAGUGGAUUAGAAUAUUGAUCUGGUGCUACUUUAUUGUUCAUUGUGUCUUAAAUACACACUUUAGGUUUUCCCUAGCAAAUGCUUUGCAUUUCUUUCAAGGGCCUUAAUGGUGUACACCCCACAGCAACAGGACCCCUGGUGUGUGACACCGUCAGUAUUCUUACGUUUAAAUGACUGCGAGAAAGAUGAUAAUUUUUAUAUUUUUGCAGAACGAUCUACCUCAAAUAAAAAAUCUGAAGGUUCA